UAAAAAAUUAACCUCACCUGUGGUACAGUGUACACAGAAAAUCAAUGGAAACCACGCAAGGUCGCCGCCACCUCUCCGCCCCAUUACCACCAUCACCAUCGCCUCGCCUCCUCCGAAGCCGAAGCACAAGUAGUACUCCAGCCACCGCACUACCUGAAAACAUUAAUUCAUGCACGCCAAAUUCCACCAAAAGAGUAACAAAGCCCCGCCCGCAAUCAACAUCGAAAUCAAGAACCAACAAAAAUGAAGAAAACAUAAAUCCCUCAAUUCCCAUUUCAAGCACGCAAAAGAGGUCGCAAGAAAAUACUCCUCCCAGUAAAGAAGGUUUCGGUAAGUUCUUACAGCGUGCCAGUCCGCUUAUUACUAGUGGUAUACCAAAGGCGGCAAGGUCGGUCACGAAUUCGCCAUCCGCGUGGGCUUUGUCGCCAGGGCGUUCUUUGAGGCCUCCGGUGAAGCCGGAGUCGCCGGGACGGACUCUGCAGGGGGGGUGUCCGGCCUUGCCGGAAUCAGCAGGCUCUGGAGGAAAGAGGGUUAAAGGUGGUGUUAGUGGGGUUUUGAAGUACUUCAAGCAGAAGAAAGCGUCAACACCACAAGAGGAAGAGUUUCAUCGGUUUCGGAUUCUGCAUAAUAGAUUGUUGCAGUGGAGGUUUGUAAAUGCCAAAGCUGAGGCUGCCAUGGCCGGUGUAAAGAGAGUUGCACAGGUCAAAAUAUUUCAUGUAUGGAUUAGAGUCUUCAAAAUGAGAAAAACUAUAGUAGAAAAGCAAAUUCAGAUGGAACGACUCAAACUUGAGAUCAAACUAUAUCGAAUUAUCAACCCACAGAUUUUCUUUCUCAAUGAAUGGGCAAAGUUGGAGAGAAGAAAUCAAGAAUCAGUUAGUAGAAUGACAAGAAAAUUAUCAGGACUGUCAAUCAGGCUUCCCUUAGUACAAGGUGUUAAGGCUGAUGUGGUGUCUAUAUACCAAGCUCUGAGCACGACUAUGGAAGUUAUGGACGACAUUGUGGUGAUGAUCACCAAAUUCUUUUCAAAGAUUGAGACAAUCUCUUAUCUCAUGACAGAACUCAAAUGCAAGUUAGAACAAGAUGAAAAGUAUUUGGAAGAAAUUAAGAUGGUUAUUACCUCGGUUGCUACAUUAUUGGUAAAGGAAAAAAGCAUACAAGUACAUCUCAUUCAAGCUGCUAAGGAGUAAAGGAGAGAUCGAGGUCACUGAAAAGAGAAAAUCUAUAUACGUAUGUUAUUAGAUUAACAAAUUUGUCAUUGGCGACGAAAUUUGUUGUCCAUGAUAUUGUAAUUAUUUAAGAUGAUUAUAUUUAAUUCCUAUGUGAAUAAUCAAUAAUUUUUCCUCUAA